UAAAGCUGCUGUCUUAAGCACUCAGUGGCAACAUGGGAGGGGGUGCAGGUUAACAUCUACCACACACAAUGGGUUAAAGCCUCCGGUCCCAGUUUUAAUAUCUAAGUCCCGGUCAAACCCAUCAGAGCUCUCUGCGGCACCCUGCACCAUGUCGAAGAGUUCUGGAGGGGACAGGUGGCUAAGUGAGCUUGGCUACAAGCUGGGCCAAACACUGGGGGAGGGGAGCUAUUCUAAGGUGAGAGUAGCCACCUCAGCCAAGUACAAGGGGCCACUAGCCAUCAAGGUGGUAGACCGACGCCGGGCACCCCCCGAUUUCGUCCACAAGUUUCUCCCGCGAGAGCUGUCUAUCUUACGAGCCAUCCGCCACCCGAACAUUGUGCGCGUCUUUGAGUUCAUCGAAGUCUGCAAUGGGAAGCUCUACAUCGUGAUGGAAGCCGCUUCCACUGACCUGCUGCAGCUGGUGCAACAGCUGGGGAAGCUGCCCUGCGUCCCAGACGCCCGGGACAUCUUCGUCCAGGUAGUGGCUGCCGUGCGCUACUUGCACGACCGGAACUUGGUGCACCGGGACCUCAAGUGCGAGAACGUGCUGCUCACCGCCGACGGGCGCCGAGCAAAGCUGACCGACUUUGGCUUUGGCAGGGAGUCCCGCGGCUAUCCAGACUUGAGCACCACCUAUUGCGGAUCGGCUGCCUAUGCCUCCCCUGAGGUACUGCUGGGCAUCCCCUAUGACCCCAAGAAAUAUGAUGUUUGGAGCCUGGGGGUCGUCCUUUAUGUGAUGGUGACUGGCUGCAUGCCCUUUGAUGACACCCACAUCCACAGCAUGCCGCGCCGACAAAAGAAGGGGGUGUUCUACCCAGACGGCCUGGGCCCGUUGCCCGAGGCCUGCAAAGCCCUCAUCGCCCUACUGCUUCAGUUCAGCCCAGCCUCUCGGCCUGGAGUGGGGCAGGUGGCGAAAAACACCUGGCUGAAAGGAGCCCUCUUAAACAAAGACACUUCCAGAUCGCUCAACAGUAGGAUUGAUUAAGGCAGAUGAAGCUGUGUGACGUGUUGGAGCUGCUGUAGGGAGGGAAA